GGUUCUAAUCUUUCCGUGUAGUGGGCGGGAUUUUUGAAAAUUGUCUAACAUAAAUUGAUUAAUUUUUCAUAGGAGUGUGCAAAUACUCGCGAAUUGUUCGAUUCAAUUUGCCUUGAAAAUUCGAAAUGUCCGAAUAGUUAAAAAAAAAUCCGAACUUUUUUCAAUCUCACGUUCAUUUAAUUUAUGAUCCUAUGAACUAAUUUUAGGUAAAAAUAUAAUAAUAUCAUAGUUUUUCAAUUAGAGAAAGUCAUAAAUACUAAAUUUCUCAGAUGCAAUAAUAUUAUUCACCGAAGAUUCGGAAAAAUUUCGAACUACUCGAAUCUUUUGAACUAUUCUAAUAUUACAAAAUAUUCGAUAUUCGACUCGAAUAUUGACUUGACUACAACUAUUCGAUUCGAUUUGAUUCGAUCUGAACAAGAUUCGCACACCCCUAAUUUUUAGGCAAUGAAUGUUCAUCUUUGUGAAAAUAAUUAUUGCCGACAAUUAUAAGAAUCUUGUAACUUUAAACUUUUUGUAGUUGUGCACUUAAAUAAAAAAAAAAAAAUUCAACUAAAAAUACAUUUUUAUUCAAGUGAUACUUCGUUUCAGUCUUCAAGACUGGCGAUUCGCCCAGUCAAUGAUUGCCGUUAAAAUUAAAAACUGAUAUUUAAAUAUUUUCAAUUCAUAAUAGUUUUUCUAAUAUCGUAAUUGAAAUUGCAUAAAAUAUGUAGGUCAGUAAAUAUUUUUUUGCAAAUCGAUUUCUUGCACAGCAACAAUGUUUAAAAGGGACAGUUGACCAUAGACGCAAAAACAGUGAAUGUGCAUUAAAUUAGAAGCUCACACAUGCAACAAUCGAAUUACGGAUGGACACGUAUCCUUUGCAACAUCGCAAAAGAAAAUAUUACUCAUUUAUUUAUUUUACUGCGUUAGUUACAGCAAGAGAGUCAAAGAGAGCAGACACGUAUUUAGCCGGCAUCUAUUUAUUGAUUUCACUCCUUAGCUUAAUAAAUAAUUGUAGACAUAAAAUUUUAAUUUAUAAAACAGUUUAAAUAAUUUCAAAUCAUCAUAAUGAAGCGGAUGGUGGAGAUAAUUAUGUGUUUUUUAUGUGUGAGUGCAGUCCAAAGCCACCUCAUCGAAUAUUUAAAUUUUUCAUCUUCAGCAAUUAACGAUAUUCCGAUUUCGCAAAAUCACACGAGAAAGUUACUAGAAUUGUGUUUUUUCAAUCGAAUGAAUCCUGUGGCUAUAAGUAAAGAUUUGGUUGGAGCUUUUCACGGAAUCACAGACAAUGGGGGAAGAAAUAUUUCUGUUAUAACAAUAGAUGAAUAUUUAUACUGGCAAAACUACAAAGGUUUGAAUUUUCUUGCUUAUCCAUCUUUUGCAACGAUUAUUCUGUCAGCCGAUUACACCAAAGAUUACUCCUUCAAGAGUGUCUCACCAGCAAACAAUUACCUCAGAGAACAGUUCGAAAUUUUGAAUUAUUGGAGCAGCACAACGCUAUUUUUGGUUGCUGGGAACCAGUGCGGCGAUGCAUCAAAAACGUUGUGAUG